CAUGACCUUUGCUUCUUCUACCGGCUGCCUGAAACUGUGAUAUUUGCCAAGAUCCCGCCGGCUCGACGCUGGCGGUUAAACCCUUCAAAAAUCUCAAAUUCCUUAAGUUCGUUGAGCUUAAAAAAUUGAAGCGACGACACAGAAUGUCUAACAAAUGCCUCCAUUUGAAGAAAAUUUCAUGGCUUUCUUCUCGGAUUGCCUCAGACAAUAUUCACGGGAGAUUUCGGCGACCCAUUACUACUACUCCAGCUACUUGUUCAGCUCCUUCACUCGAUAGAGACAUGAACAUUGCGCCGAAGACAUUGGUCGGUCCAUGUUUUUCUCGCGGUUUCGCAUCAGUAAAACGAGUAUCUAGAGCUUCUUCUCCUUCCUCUUCUCCACAUGUUGAUUUACUCUCUUAUAUUCGAGCUUCACUUGAUAAACUUGAAGGUCCUUCCCAUCAUUGGUUGAAUCGUGACAUUGCAAAUAAACAGCUUUUCAAGGACAAAGGAACUUACGUUGUUCUUGCUGGACAGUUGCUAAACGGAAGUAGUGACCCGAGUGGGUUCUUUGAGAAACUGAAGUUGCUUCAGCAGAGGUCUCCGGGUGUCUGUUUCAUGGGCAUCCACUUCAGUGAUCAAGCUCGAAUCACUGAUGAUCGAACUGCUUUAUCUGAGUUGAUUGUGAAGGAAUACCUUACUUUUCCUGUACUACUUUCUGGGAAAGAGUUUCCAAAGUCAAGUGGAGAAGAAGUAUGCUACAUCGUGUUUAGAGAUUUUAAGAAUCCUUUAAUCUACCAAGAGAAGGAUCUGGAUAUUGCUUCCGUUAGUAAAGCUCUUGACAGCCUCACUCAAGAUACUGAGAAAUCCAAGUCUGUCAAACUUUUCACGAACACUUGGUCUAAACAGGCUGAUGCUAUCAAGGAACCACAUUUCUCUUCUUUCUUGCAGGAUUUGUUUCUAUACUUUCCAGGUUGUAUCUCUGCAGAUGAAGUUGGAGAUUGUCUAUUUCUUUCUGAUAGCAAUCAUCAUCGUAUUAUUGUAUUCGAUAGUAGUGGGAAGAUUUUAGACAGUAUUGGUUGUUUCCCUGGUUUUGAGGAUGGCGAAUUUGAAUCUGCAAAGAUGUUACGUCCUGCAGCGACCCUUUAUGACGAAGAGGAAGAUUGUCUUUACAUUGUCGAUUCUGAGAAUCAUGCCAUUAGAAGAGCAAAUAUGAAGACGCGGGUCCUGGAAACGGUAUAUCCAAGGGUUAUCAAGAAGACCGGUGGCUUAUGGUCUUGGGUAAUGGAGAAAAUGGGUCUUGGAAACGAUGAUGAUACGACAGCUGAUGCUGAUGCCAAAUCAGAAGAAUCUGAUCCUCGCUCCCUGAUGUUUCCAUGGCAUCUACUGAAACGUGAUAAUGAUAGUCUUUUAGUCAUUAACAAGAGCUUUUCAAAGUUGUGGAUAGUUAAUUUAGCUUCAGGAGAGAUCGAAGAAGUCGUAGAAGGGUUUCCGGGGAUAAUGGAGAUGUGUGGGGAAUUGAUGACGGAGAAGCUAUCAGUCUUGAAACAUUUGCCUUCUAAUUUGUUGCAACAGCAAACUAAGGCUAUUACCUCAUGCAAGGAGCAGCCAAAUGCUGCCCUCUUGUCUUCUUUCACUAAACUUGGAGACGACAUUGUCAUGACAGAUAUAGUUGGUCAGAGGGUGUUGAAGCUAGAUAGAGAAUCCGGAGCAUGCUCUAGCUUACGGUUUACGAACAUCGGGAUCCUUGGGUUGCCCUAUUGGUUUUCCAUUCCGCUGGAGAGAGUUUUCAAUCUAGCUAACGGAGUACAGGAAGCACACAUCAGCCUUACUCACGAACUCCGAUUAUUGCCAGGUAAAAUUAGCAUACGGUUGAACAUAGAGAUCCCUCAAUGCACGGAGGUUGUUGAACCCGUUCAAGAAAGCUGCAUAUGGCGACAGGCAAGAGGCUCAAUCAGUGAAGUCUCGAGUGCUGGAAGUGCAGUGGAACCUUCUGAAAAGGUUGGAGUCUCACAACAAUGGUAUGAUGAAUUAGACAGCCUCGCCAAGGAAAUAGCCAACCCCGAAUUAGCUGAUGAAGAGGAAGAGCAAGAAGAAGAUGUUAACCCUUCUGAGAUCCAAAGUGAAGAUGAUGGACGGAUACACAUCGAUUGCACUGUCAAUACGAGCCCUGGCACAAGCGAGCUUAUUGUUUAUGCAGCUGUGUAUUUAAGACUGGCGAAGAACGAAGAGACAGAAGGUGCGAGCCAGGAAGAACUGGCGAGAAGAAUAGCAGACAUUUUGAAGCCAGCAAGGAACACGACGACUGUGGGUGAAGAUUUGUUCGUGAGGCUGUUGUUGAAGUCAAAGAGAGAAAUAAGAGACGUUGUCUUCGUGAAGCCGAUUCAUGUGCGUAUAAAGUUUGACACGAUGGAUCACCCAAAGGCAGAUAAUUCAAGAGACGUAAUCUUGACAGAGUCUUCUACUGAGAUCGAUGUCUCUCUUUGACGACGAUACAGCAAGCGCGCGUGCAGAUAAAUGCUCGCUUUAUACGUUUGUUUCAUUCUUUCACAUCUAUGUGAGUUAGUUGAACAUUACCAGAUUAACGAUUUGUGGGUCAGCCCAUUAUCAUGAAAUGGGUCGCAACUUAUUGGUCGGCCCAUUUACCUUUUUCUUUUUCUAUUUCUAAUAAACAUGUAUUCUACCGGAAAUCAACACAUAAUGCGACUAUAGGGCUACGAUCAGAUUUCUCUAUAUUUUGAUUACAAUGGUAAU